UUGACCGAAACACUCUGCUUGGUCUAGUUUAGAUUGGUACUAAACACACGCACGCCAGAGACUCCGAUUGAAAUAUUUACGGUCAUACACUUGGUUCUUUCGAUCCCCAAAAUCCCAAUCUACUUCCCCUUUGCUCGUCUCUCUCCCCCAAGCUUUCAUCUCCCUGAUGUGAACUCCAGCGUAAUUGCAUCAUUGAUUAAUUGAUUAUUGCAACGAACGCUUCCUCGGAGUUCUGAGCCUUGAUGAUUUUGAUCUGAAGAACCAUUAUGUGUGUAAAAGAAAAAGGUUCUGGCACAUGUGAGAGUGAGAAUAAGUCAAGUCUUACAAACUACAAAGUUGUGCUUCAUAAUAGAAUCUACUUUUGCAACCACUGCCCUAGAAUUGUCCCUCAUCCUGACACAAAAAUUCGAAAUUGUUGUUGCAGCUUCAGAUCCAACAGGUGAAAUACAAAUUAUUUUGGAGGAAACUGAGGUUCGUACUUUGAUUGGAAAAAGAGCACGAUAACUACUUGCUGAGCAAGUGGGAAGAUCUAUAUGAAUAGAGUAAAUGUGGCAAUUUUGAAACAUUUGGAUGGUAUGAUCCUUGAUUUACAUUGACCUGUUUAGUAUUGCAUCUCUAGCAACUUUCCAUGCUCAUUGGAAUUCUAAAGAAAGGAAAGGAACUUCACAAUCAUACCGAUCAUCAGCACAUCCUCCUUUGAGUUGCUCCAUUCAGGUCUAUCUGGUGGAGUUCACAUUUUAUUUGCAUUAGUAUAAUGAAGCUUCUGGUAGUAGUAGUAGUAAUAGAUUUAAAAUCAGUAUCAGUCCUUUUACAAUGUUCUAGAUGUCUCUAGUAGAUGCAACCAAAAUUGAAUAAAUUAACGUUGACCACAUGCUUAAGAAUUUCUCAAUGCAAUUAUUCAGUCGAAGACUAUGAUUAUGCAGUAUUAAGGAACAAGUAAUUACCAAGGUUAUUACGGCGCCAAGUCGAGCCUUGGCGCCCGGAUACCUUGGAAUCGACUAGUCGACAAGUCGCCCGACUAGUCGUAAAAAGUCGACAAGUCAUUCUUAUACAUAUUUUUACUAGAUUUAAUAUAUAAAAUAUAGUUGAACGCACAUCAGUUAAUAGUUUGAAUCAAAAGUAAAAAAUAAUAAGCAACAGUGAGAUGUAUUUGACGUAGCAGAUUGUUAGCUCACAUAAAUUGAAGCCAGAAAGUAGUGAUAGGAAAGAAAUAAUAAUGCGAAGUUGAAAUAAUCCAAAGAUUAGGAAUAUACUUAUAUGUUAUAAAUGAUACAAAGAUUACAUAGCCUGAAGCCAAACAGUAGUGACAGGAAGGAAAUAAUAAUGUGAAUUUGAAAUGAUACAAAGAUCAGUGAGACACUGAUAUGUUGAAAAUAAGUCGCCAUACUAUAUAGUUGUUGCUUGACUUUUUCUAUAAAACGACUUGUCGACUAGUCGAUGACUAGUCGUCGACUUGAUAACAAUGGUAAUUACUACAUGUAAGAAAUGACAAAUUUUCUGUUUGAAGGUUUUUGCUUGUUAUUUUCCAUUGUAUAAUAAUUAGAAGUAGAUUAAUGCAAGAUUAAGAGGAAAGUCUUCUUGGAGCAGGCCGAGCCCUUCCCCAAUAACUCAAACGCGUUCGGUCUUUUUUUGUUUUGAGUAGGCGGAACCGUUAGACUCCAGUUGCAGUAAGAAACUACUACUUGUAUUACCUCGGGCUCAUGUUGUUCUGUUAUGUAUUCUUUACAGGUAACUUUAUUAGUGGAACCAUAUUGAAAGAGACAUCAUACAAUAUACCUAUUUCAAAGAGAUAUAUUAAAAAUUGGGCUGCCCUAUCAAGAGGCCCUAUGCCAUUGCUUGUGCCACACGGGGUUGUUAAAACCAGGCGUGGGUUAGGCUUUUGUGGGGUUGUAUUAUUUGGCUUGCAGAUCCUCUGCUUUUGUUUCUUGUAUGUUGCCACGGUUUUCCUCCACCAUAAGUUUGUUCGCCACAAGCGAGGAUUCUCAAUUUAUUUAAGUGUCUUAUUCGUCAAAAAGGUGAGCAGUAAUUGCUCAGAGUAUGCAAAUAAAACAGUCUCCUUCCAAAGGCCAUUUCUGUGCGGGACAUAGAAUCUAUAGUUUCUCUUAGUCCCCUGCCAUGCCGCAAGAUGCUGAAUGGUGGAGAGAUGCUGACAUUCAAGUGGUCCCAAGCAUGCUCAUUAUUGAUAGUACGUUUCUCAAAGAAGUUAAUUUUAAGGUUUUUAGCUUGCGGGAUAGUUACCCUUAUCUUUACGGUUGAAGAAGUAAUCAUUCUUCAACAGACUUUCAUCGAAGAAAUGGAAAUUCUUCAGCCAUUCAUCCUCACGAGUGAAGCCCUCCUCAGACAGCAGCACAUCUUUGUAAUAGAAUUGACAGUCUACAUCAUGCUGUUACAAUAAUACAAUACCACAUCUGUGAGAAUUGAGGACAGCAGAUUCAAGGAAAUUUUAAAUAGAGUAUACAAUAAACAUCA